CAGUUUCUGACCAAUUUCUCUCUAUCGGAAAAAAUCCCAGAGCACAACAUUUGACAUUGUACCGUUUAACUCUUGAAUUAUCUGGGUUCACUCUAUUAGCCUCAUCCCGAAGAAAAGGUCAUACCACCAACUAUGAGCGCCCGAUCACGAUCAUCGUCACCGGAGUUUGAUCCUUUGGCCUUCGACCAGGAUUUCACUCCUCUACCGGAGUACAAGGCCCCGACCGACACGGCUCUCGACUUUGGUGGUCUCCUGCCCGAGCCUUUGAAGCUACACGAAGAUUUAAAGACGGGAUGCGGAGGCCAGCUUUGGCCGGCCGGAAUGACUCUCGCCAAGCAUAUGCUGCGCUACCAUGGCGAUAAGCUGCAAAAGGCUCGGAUACUCGAGAUUGGCGCCGGCGGUGGCCUUGUUGGACUUGCAGUUGCCAAAGGCUGCAGCUUUGAAACUCCCAUGUACAUCACAGACCAACUGGAGAUGGAAGAGCUCAUGGCAUACAACACCACCUUGAAUGGCCUCAAUGACAAGGUCAAAUCCAUGAUCCUCAACUGGGGCGAGCCACUGCCAGAGGAAAUUGUUGCUCUCAAGCCUGAUACUAUUCUAGCCGCUGAUUGCGUCUACUUCGAACCCGCCUUCCCGCUCCUCCUCCAGACCCUGAAGGAUCUAUUGGCCCUUGAACCCAACGCCACCGUUUACUUCUGUUUCAAGAAGAGACGCCGUGCAGACAUGCAGUUUCUCAAGGCUGCCAGAAAGACUUUCAAGAUUACCGAGCUUGAGGACCAAGACCGGCCCGUGUUCUCUAGAGAAGGCUUGUUCCUGUACGCGUUUACCCGCAAAUAA